CAUUGCGUCUGGAAUGAUUUCCCAGCUGUUUGUUGUCAUUUGUUGUACCACCUGCCGACGGCUGAUCUCCGUUCAACGGAAUCAGAGCAUGAAACGUAAUUUCUCAGUUCUUCUAAAAGUUUAAUAAAAUCACUAAGUUGCAUGGAUCAAUGUGAAAUGUUUAAGCUUUAAAGCACGUUUCUGUUUAUCUUACUAUAUAUGUGGUCUGGUGUCACUUAAAAUAAAUACUUAUUCAAUUAAUUUAGUUGUAUCUAUUAAUUGCCAUCAAGAUGCAUAAAUCAUAUUUGGAAUUUGGCUUUGAAGUAGAAGAUUUAUUGUUUAAAGGUCUAACUAUUAAAUCCGGUGUUGGUAUGGUUGGAUUAUGUAUAUCAGUUGCUAUAUUUACUUUCAUGUAUGAAACUAUUAAGACUCUUCGCCAGAAACUUGUUUCCUCCCUUGGAAAAACUAGUCGGGAUUUUCAUUAUAUGAACGAAAGUCAUUCUGAACGUUCCAUGUUGGUGGAAAUAAAAGAAUCUCAACAAAACUGGAACAGGAUAAGAGUCCACACCAUCCAUGCAUUUUUAUAUAUGAUUCAAGUCACCAUGGGCUAUUUCCUCAUGCUAAUCAUCAUGAGCUACAAUGCUUGGCUAGCCAUAACAGUAUUCACUGCAGCUGGAUUCAGUUAUUACUUCUACAGCACAUUCGUUCUCUACAGGCCGACUGUAGUGCCCAUCGAAAUAUUGUCACCGGAAGAGUACGAUCAAUAAUCAUCAGUCAUUUCCUUCUGUUUAAAUGUCACACCUGUUGAGAUUUUUUUUUAUUGUUUUUACUUCUGGUAUAAAUAAAAUGGAGUUUACGGUAUUCAUUUAGCUGCUAUUUUCUUCGAUGCUUCAUGCCUAUGUGAUAUCGAUUAUGCAAUAUACUAUGACUCAGCUAAUCCGCGUCUGGGUUGGGAAGGACGAAGUGGCAUCAAGGUCAUCAAAAACGAAUAAUAUCUUAAACUCCAUUUUAGCCAUUUUGUUAUGCAUACAUUUUUUUUUUUUUUUGGUUGUAUUAGUUGAAUUUACAUUGAAAUCUGAAUAUGGAUAAUGCUGCCUUUAUUUGUAUGCAUUUAUUCUUGUAUGUUUACUUAGAAACAUUGACUUGCAUGAGAAAGCGUUGCUAAAUCUAGAAACAUUGACAUGCAUGAGAAAGCGUUGCUAAAUCAGCGAACGUUAUUUAAACUGAAAUAUUUUUAUGGUUCAUUAAAUAUAUUUGUAGCAUGAGCCUGAAUUUUCAGCUGUAAGUUUUGUUCAAAAAACAGAUAUUUGCUCGAAAAUGUUCUCAUAUGGUUUCAUUAGGAUUCAGUGGAUUAUUCAUUGCUCAUUUUGUGUUGCAUGAUCGGGUAAGAACAGUAAAAAGCAAAUUGUUUCUAAUUCGUUAUUUUAAUUUUAAAUGAAAUAUUUACUGGCUUCUUGAAAAAAGUCUGGCAAAUUAACUGAAAUAAAGAUAAAUAUCUUAAACUGCGUAAGUAUAGUAACAUUUUACAUAAAUCAGUAAAAAAAAAAUUAAAUAAAGAAAAGAAGAAAAAGAAUAAAAUAUUAUUUUUUAUUUAAUUAUUUUCCUUCUAAGUACAGGAGAAGCACACACACAAAUACAAAUAAUUUUUACGUACAUUGAACUUUUUUCUUGCUGACGCAAAUGCUGCUGCUUGUUAUGAUGAUAGACAGUUUGUCAAAGAGCCAGCAAACAGAACGAGUUUUUUUGCAGACGAUUCUUGGCUUAUUUUCAAUUUAUUUUGCUCUUUGGUACCGUUCUAAACUUUUGGCGUGUCGAAAAUCGUUUUACUUCAUUACAUUUAAUCAAAAUUAAGCUCUAAUAUGAACAACAUUUUCUUGAAAUAUUUAUAUAAGGCUUUUCUGUAAUAAUAUUCUAUAAUGGCAAUCGCUUAUGAAAAAAAUUAGGCCAAAAUAUACAGACAUCUUUUGACAUUUCUUAAGUUUUUUUAUGCAUUCAUUGCGAAUAAGAAUGAUUUUAUUGGUUAAACUGGAUAAUAAAUUUAUUUGUAAAAAAUAAAAAUCUUUUGUUUUAUCUUAGUAAAUGUUCAAAUUAGUUUUACUUCUGUAAAGAGACAGAGUAUUUAGUAAAACUGGGUUAUUUUGUUUUCUUUUUUUUAAAAUGGCGAUUUCCAUUUCGAAAAAUUGAAUUAGUUGAUUUAUUUUAGGGAUGGCUUUAUAUAGCUUGUAAGAGGAGAUUGCGCUGUAUUUUAGUAAGCUCAAUACAGUUUCAAGUAUCACCUUCGGCUAUUAAAGAAUUCAGUUGUUAGUUAUGGAAGGUGAACUUUUGAAUAAAUUGUCAUUUCAUUUUAAAUCCUCUUAAAUUCGGGAAGGUAAUUAUCUCGAAUGGUUUGGAAUCACUUCUAAUAUAACAGCAAAUCUUUAUGGGCAACUAAACUUUCCAAAAUUUUAUUUCAGAAUCUCUGUAGAUAUUAUGUUUUGUUUUUUAAGAAUUUUUGUUACUUAACAUGAACUUCUAUUCUGUGAAGAGUAUUUGCGAAUUAAACCACUUUUGUGUUUCGACAUUCAUAUUAUAUAAAUAAUAAUCGACUGAGUGUUAAGAGAUUCCAUAUAGACGUGAUAUUGGUAUUAGAUGACACAUGCGUACAAGUAUCCUUAGAUUUUCCAACUGUUAUAAAACCUAGAAUUAUAGAUGACUUUCGAUGAAGUCACGACUUGUUUCUAAUAGCUAUUCUGGUCCGCCAUUGGCCGCUGCCUUUACCAUUGUUAUAUUAACGCAUUCAAAUUGAAAUUCUUUAUCUUGCUUCAUUUGAUGUUCAAGCAGGUGUUCGUAAUUUCUUCAGGCAGUGUUACACAUAUUCUUUUAAAUGUUCAAUCAACUCUAUAAUAUUUAUGUAUCAUUUCAUAGAUUUUUGCGUUUAUGUGUAUAAAUUAUUUUUGUCCAAUCAUAUGCGUUCAUCAUUUCUUUUUUUUUUUUUUUUACUAUUAUUAUUCUUAAUUCAUUCUCAUUUAAGAUAUUUUUUAUUUUUCAUUGCGUUCUUAGAAAAAGCUUGCUUGUUACCAAAAAAAAAUGUUUCAUUUUAAUCAAGCUUAUUUUAUUCUUUAUUCAAGAUUUUAUUUAUUAUCAAUGUUCAAGUGAUCUUAAAAGUGGGGAGAUCUCAAACUAUGCAAUGGUAUUAUUGUAUUCUAUUUAAAACUUUAGAUCUAAUCUUUUCUUUUGAAAAAUCUCAUAUGUACAAAUAGAAGUUGUAUUCUACUUGACUUUCUAUCAUUCUAUAUGUAUUU